AUGGCCAACGACUCCACCUACAUCCUUUACCACUACAACCCUUCUGCGGUUGCGGCGAUCAUCUUCAUCGUGCUGUUUGGGCUGACCACUACGGUCCACCUUGUCCAAAUGAUCAGGAACCGAUCGUGGUUCUUCACUGCUUUCAUCGUUGGUGGAUUUUUCGAAAUCGCAGGAUAUGUCGCUCGCUAUCUCAAUUCCCAAGAAAGUCCCAACUGGAAGACCAUUCCAUACGCCAUGCAAUCAUUGCUGCUCCUUCUUGCGCCAGCUUUGUUUGCUGCAUCUAUUUACAUGAUCCUCGGUCGCUCAAUGGUUUCCACUGGGCACGACUCGCUCUCUAUCAUCCCUGUCAAGUGGCUCACUAAGAUCUUUGUCUGCGGCGAUGUGAUCUCUUUUCUUGCCCAGUGUGCAGGAGGCGGCUUUAUCUCUUCAGCCAAAACCCAGUCUAAGGUCAAUCUCGGCCAAAACAUCAUUAUCGCCGGUUUGUUCAUCCAGAUUGCCUUCUUUGGAUUCUUUGUCAUCACCGCUGGUGUCUUCCAUUACCGCCUCUAUAAGUCUCGUGAUUGCGAUACCAGAUCUGCCAUUACUGUGCCCUGGAAGAAGUGCCUCUAUGUCUUGUACAUUGCCAGUGUUUUCAUCAUGAUUCGCUCUAUCUUCCGUGCCAUUGAGUACAUCACUGGUACCGAUGGUCCUCUGAUGUCCACCGAGGUUUACCUCUAUGUUUUCGAUGCUGCCUUGAUGUUCCUGACCAUGGUCACUUUCAACAUCUUCUCUCCCAAGUCUUUGGUGACUCCCCGAUCAAGUCCACGCGACGUUGAAAAGGCUAGCAAGAACUUUAAAGAAAUGGGACCUCGACGCGCCCACAAAAAGUCUAGAAAUGGAUGUCGGUGGUGUAAAGCACGCAAGGUCAAGUGCGAUGAAACCAGACCGCACUGUAACAACUGCGUCAAACAUGGGGUUGAUUGUGUAUAUGGCAGCGAACUUCCGGAAUCUGCAGGCUCCAGCCAAAGAAUACAGUCUGCAUCUCCUAAUCCGGCUACUUUUAGUAGUACCCUGAACAUCACCAGCCCUGUCUCACUCCCCAUCUCACCAGUGGGGCCAGGCGAGUCGUCUUCACAUAGCUUGGGCAUGGCAGAGAUGGCCCUGCUGCAUCACUUCUCUACAUCAACCUGUUAUACGAUAUCGCGAAAUCCAAUUUUGCAAACAGUAUGGCAAAUUAGGAUUCCACAGGCUAGCUUCUCAUCACCAUUCGUGUUCCGAGGCAUUCUCGCUCUCUCCGCACUGCAUCUGGCACAUCUAAAACCGGAGUUUCACGAUCAUUAUACAGAACAAGCGGAAAUGCAUCAUAACACAGCCUUGCAAAUGGUCUCUUCCAUCCUGCCAAAUGUGACCCAAGAGAACAGUCAGAGUAUUUAUAUCUUCUCCAUCCUGACCUGUCUUAUCUCCUGCGCGAAGCCGCGUCUCAGAGAUGAUUUCUGGUCAAACAACGACAGAGAUAUAGAGUGGUUAACCCUUUUCCGUGGCACAACUUCAAUCAUUGCUUCGGCAGGCGAAUCUCUGAAGACAGGUCCGUUGGCACCAAUGUUUGCUAUGGGUCAUCGGAGAAAGCUGGCUCGAGACGCCAGAUCCGCCACGGGUACACCUCACUUUUUAGUCACCCUGAAACAGAUCUUGGAAGACUCUGUUCUGGAUCCGAGUGAGCUGCAUUGUUAUCAUGAAUCAAUUGAUGAUAUGGCAAAAUCGUUUGCCACGGUGGCAGAACUUGGAUCGCAUAAUUGUGAGACGGCUGAUAUUUUCAUCUGGAUGCUGCGGGUUUCGGAUGAAUAUUUCGAGUACUUUCGACGGCGGACACCUGAGUCGUUGGUUAUUUUUGCAUAUUUUUGUGUCGUUAUGAAGGAAAUGGAAUGGGCUUGGUGGAUGCAGGGCUUUAGUGUCCAUACAAUCAGUGGCAUAUAUUAUUCUCUGGACGAGGAGCAUCGUUGUUGGCUGCAGUGGCCAAUGCAACAGGUUGGAUGGGUUCCAUGA